AUGAUCUUUUUGAUAAACACUCGUAUCACUCUCAGAUUAAUAUAUCAGACAUAUCACAUUUACCUCGCACAAGCGGUUGCUGGCUAUCUCCAACCAUUCUUAUCUAUCUAUCUAUCUAUCUAUCUAUCUAUCUAUCUAUCUAUCUAUCUAUCUAUCUCUUUCUUGCUUUCACAUUCUCUUCCUUUUGUUCGUAUCUAUCUAUCUAUCUAUCUAUCUAUCUAUCUAUCUAUCUAUCUAUCUAUCACAAUCCAUCUCUCUAUCUACCUAUUUCAAUCCAUUCCCAUCUGUCUGUCUAUCUAUCUAUCUAUCUAUCUAUCUAUCUAUCUAUCUAUCUAUCUCAAUGCAAUCCCAGUUAUCAAUCUUUCCAUUCCCAUCUAUCUAUCUCAAUCCAUUCUCAUCUAUCUAUCUCAAUCUAUUCCUAUCUAUAUAUCUAUCUAUCUAUCUAUCUAUCUCAAUCCAUUCUCAUGUAUCACAAUCCAUUUCUAUAUUUCUAUCUACCUAAUUCAAUCUAUUCCAAUCUGUCUGUCUGUCUAUCUAUCUAUCUAUCUAUCUAUCUCAAUCCAUUCCCAUCUAUCUAUCUAUCUAUCUAUCUAUCUCAUUUUAAAACUUUUUCUAUUUUGCAAUCUAUCUAUCUAUCUAUCUAUCUAUCUAUCUAUCUAUCUAUCUAUCUCUUUCUUGCUUUCACAUUCUCUUCCAGUAUAUCCAGCUUCUUUGUUCAUAUCUAUCUAUCUAUCUAUCUAUCUAUCUAUCUAUCUAUCUAUCUAUCUAUCUAUCUAUCUACCACAAUCCAUUACCAUCUAUCUAUCUAUCUCAAUCCAUUCCUAUCUAUCUAUCUAUCUAUCUAUCUAUCUAUCUAUCACAAUCCAUCUCUCUAUCUACCUAUUUCAAUCCAUUCCCAUCUGUCUGUCUAUCUAUCGAUCUAUGUAUGUAUCUAUCUAUGUAUCUAUCUAUCUAUCUCAAUGCAAUCCCAUUUAUCUAUCUAUCCAUUACCAUCUAUCUAUCUCAAUCUAUUCCUAUCUAUCUAUCUAUCUCAAUCCAUUCUCAUCUAUCACAAUCCAUUUCUAUCUACCUAAUUCAAUCUAUUCCCAUCUGUCUGUCUGUCUGUCUAUCUAUCUAUCUAUCUAUCUCAAUCCAUUCUUAUCUAUCUAUCUAUCUAUCUAUCUAUCUAUCUCUUGCUUUCACAUUCUCUUCCAGUAUAUCCAGCUUCAAUUUCUGGCUUUGCUUUACAUCAUUGCCAUCUAUCACAGUUUGUUCAUAUCUAUCUAUCUAUCUAUCUAUCUAUCUAUCUAUCUAUCUAUCUAUCUUAUUUUGUUCUCCUAUAUCUCUUUACUUAAGUAUUCAGCGUUCAGUCAUGCUAUGUUAAAUGGUUCAUAUCUAUCUAUCUAUCUAUCUAUCUAUCUAUCUAUCUAUCUAUCUAUGCUAGGCUAUUUCCUUUUGUCUAUCUAUCUAUCUAUCUAUCUAUCUAUCUAUCUAUCUAUCUAUCUAUCUAUUUCUUUCUUUCACAUCCUCUUCCUUUAUAUCCAGCUCCCUAUGAAUUCAUCUUUUUUGUCAUGUUCUAUUAAUGGAUAUCCUCAACAUAGCAUUUCUGGCGUUACCUUACAUCUACAUAAAACAAGCAAUGGCAAAACACCAGAUAUGUUUGCCUCGGAAGAGAUCCACACAUCGGGAGCGUUAAAUUCGCUUUUCUCUCUUUGA